CGUCCUUAGAUAGAUCAAACUCCUGUCCGGCAGGCGGCGGUACUGCCCUCAGUGUGAGCAGCCAACCGGAGUGACGCGAGAAUCAAAAGGAAGGACACCGGAUCUUUAUUAGGAAACGCUUUUGCGCAGCAGCAGGGUCAGCUCUCAAGCCAUCAUGGGUCGCCACUUCGGAGACUUGGCCAAGGUCAGACAUAUUAUCACCUACAGUCUGUCCCCGUUUGAGCAGAGGGCUUUCCCCAACUACUUCUCCAAGGGAAUCCCAAAUGUGUGGAGACGUUUCACAGCCUCCUUCUUCAAAGUUGCCCCACCAAUGACUUUAAUGUACCUGGUAUACACCUGGGGCAACAGUGUCCACAAGCAGGGCAAGAGGAAGAAUCCUGCUGACUUCAAGAAUGGCGAAUAAACCACCUGCCAUGUUCCUGAAAGCUGCCCUCUAUAAUUAAUUACAAGUCUGUGUUUCACCAAUAAAGACGAGAUAUUUAUGUGAAAAACAGUA